AGGAAGAAUAAGGUCAAAGUACAUAAACUAAGUUUAGAGCUUCAUAAAGAGGUUGAGAUUAGAUUAGAUGUAUCACACAAAUUUCAUUAGUAGUCUCUAAAUAAGCAACUCCUAAAUAUAGCAGCAAAUUUCCUACAUUGCAGGCUGCUGCGCAACAUUCGUGCAAGUCUCCAUAAUUUGUGGCUUCCAUUUCUAUUCUCUUUUCUCUUCUAUUAUUUUCUGCUUGUUGUCCAAUCAUAGUCAACAUUUCUUCUCUUUUUUUCCCUUGCAUUUCAAUUCUAUACAUCAUCACUUGCAUUCCUAAUGAUAUUAUGAUAAUAAUAAUAGAUUUGAAGAAUAACGUUACUCUAAUACUUUGAGAAGAUUACCUUUGAUGUCAAAUCAUCUUCUAAUCUCCAGGUGAGGCUGCUGCAUAAACUGAUCAACAACUUCAACAAAUUUACCAAAAGUCCAUUUACCUAACAUGUGGAACGUAGCAAGAGCACGGCGGAAUUCUGUAGGAAGUUCUGCCGAAGUAGGAGAGAUAGAUACCAAAGCUCCUUUUCAAUCUGUUAAAGCUGCUGUUAGUCUCUUUGGUGAAGUAUCGUCGUCCUCUCCUAAGACAAAACCUGUUUUUACCAAGAAGCCCAAACCUCAAGUUCAGGCAGUAUUAGACAAAGAGGCACAGUUUCAUAUAGCCUUGAACGAGCUGAAUAAAUUGAAGGAGCAACUGAGAGGCGCUGAAACGAAAAAAAAUGAAACCCAACCUGAGCUGGAUAAGGCUAAAAGGACUCUUGAUGAACUCAAACAAAGACUAAAAACCAUUAAUGAAUCCAAGCAGUCCAUACUUGAAACUUCACAAGCUUUAGAAGAAAAGGGUAGGAAGCUUGAAGAAGCAAUAUCAUCUAGCGAUGUUAAACCCCAGGAUGUGGUUAAUUCUGUAAAGCAAGAUGUGGACGUCACCACGGAGGAAUACAGGGCUGCCAUUUUAGAGCUUGAUGCCGCUAAGCAACAGCUCAGCAAUCUACGUAGUGAAUUUGACACGACUGUAGAAGCCAGAGCCACUGCUUUCCGCAUGUCACAAAAAGCAGAUGCGGCUGCAGAAGCUCAUCGUCAGAGAAUCAGUGACCUCAAAAAGCAAAUUGCUACAUUGCAGGAAGCAUUAGCUAAGAUCAAGGAUUCCUCUACAAAUGCAGAGGUGGAGCACCAGAAGAUUUCAGAAACCAAAAAUGAAGAGCUAUGUUCUCGUAGACUUGCCAAGGAAGAGUUGGAUCAUGAACUUGUCACUCUCAAGAAUGAACACCAAUCUCUACUAGCUGAUGAGGAUGAUCUACAAGUGAAACUUGUCGAAAUUAAUGCUGAGAUUUCAUCUCUUGAAGAAAAAGUAUCAAAAGCUCGAGCUGAUUUUUCAGAAUCUCACAAGACAACAAGUUUUGAGCUUGAGAUUGCUAAAAAAUCACUUGAGCAAGUUGCAGAAGAGAAGAUCUCUCUUGAAAAUUCGGUUGAAGCCCUCAAAGAUGAGCUACAACAUGUUGGGAAGGAAUUAGCAGAGCAGAAGUAUAAGCAAGAGGAAGCAAAUGCUUUAGUCAUCAAACUUCAAGCUGAACUAGACGAUAAGAAGAAUGUGCUUGAAGCUGCUCUUGUAAAUAAGUCAAGUGCAGCAGAUGUCUCUGAUGAUAUAGUCGUAUCCAUUGAGCAACUGACAUUGGAAACAGAAAGAGCAAAGCAAGAAGCUCAAGAGAUGAAGAAGAUAAUAGAGGAACAACAUCAAGAAGUUAAAGCUACCACAGAGAUGAUAGCAGAGAUGGAAAAUAAGCUAGCGAGUUUACUCAAAGAAGUGGAAGAAGCCAAAGCCGCAGAAAGAGCUGCUCAAGAUGAGAUUAAGGUUAUCUCUGAAAGAUCAGCUCAGGCUGCUGACGAAUCUACUUCAGAGACCAAUGGAAAAAUUAAGUUGUCAAAUGAGGAUUACAACUCCUUGGUGGAAAAAAUUGAUGAAUCUGGGAAGUUGGCUGAUAUUAAAGUAACUGCAAACACAGCUCAGGUAGAAGCCUUGGUUGCAAGCCAGAAGGAAGCAGCUCAAAAGUAUGAGGCUAUUUCAAAGGAGAUAGAAGAAGUAAAGAUGAAAGAAGAGGAGGCUCUAAAGAUUGCUGAGAUGGCUGAAGCUGCAAAGACUGUUUUGGAAGCUGAGCUUCAACGGAGGUGUCAACAAGAGCCGUGCAACCAAACAACUCAAGUGGAAUCGAUAAAUUAGAGCAACGCGUAGGAGCAUCUUUGAAUCAAGAAAUUAUUGUUAUUCGUAUUAUUAGCAUAGGCAUGAUUUUUCAUUGUUGUAUUAGAUUGCUUGUAUCUAGCAAAAGAUUGAGUUUAUGGUUAGGAUGUAAUAGUAUCAAUACAUAUAUUGUGUCUGUUGAAUAAAAUA